AUGGAAGUCUCUGACCCUCUGGUGAUCGAAGAGAGUUGCAGUCCACGGUCGAGUGUCCGAAGCAUCAACUCCAACAUGAAGGCGCAAAGUAAAGGCCCCGAGACGCGCCUGGCACGACUGAAGCGAGGAACCAAAUUGCUCAGUCGCUUGUGCGCUUCGGCCCAUGGAGGCUCUACGGCCUUUCGGAAUGCCUUGCUGGCGUUGCUGGACAUUCUGCAAUCAGCGCGAGACGAUUUGGCUCAGGCAGAUCGUUUGCUGGCGGUGGAUAUGGCAGAGUUGCUGGAGCAGAAGGGCAUUGAGGGGGAUGCCAAGCUGAAAUUGUUAAACCUCUUCGAAGAGCUGCCACCGGUGCCCCCGUUGCCUCUGCAAGUGGACCAUAUGUUGGAGGAUGGCAACCAUUCCCCUGAGUCGGAGAAGGAAAAAUCGGAUAAACCCGAGGCUUGGGGUUGGGAAGUUCUUCUGGCUCCACGAAGAUGGAUCCUUCGGAACCUCUGUCUGUGGCGGCGGCGACACUCCUGGUGCCCACCGUCUCUGAAUGUUUUCCGCUGGAUGGAUCUGACUCUCUAG